AUGGAGGAUAACUAUAAAAGAUGUGUAGAUCCUUCCUGUUAUGAUAGAGAUCCGUCCUCAAAAUUACUCGAUAACUACCCUCCCGAUCGUACGGAGCUGGGAAACGCCGGGUGGCUUUUUCUACACACAAUCGCUACACAAUACCCAGAAAAACCAGACGAAGAUACGAAGCUGAGGUAUUUGGGAUUUCUACACUCCUUUGCUAGGCUCUACCCAUGCUCAAUAUGCAGAGAAGGCCUCGUUCCCAUUUAUAAGCAGAUACCACCCAAUGUUGAGUCUAGGAAGAGCUUCUUGCUAUGGACCUCUAGGCUGCACAAUUUUGUCAACAAGGACACCGGUAAGCCCGAGGAGAACUACACCUACGAGCAACUGCUUGAAAAAUACUCAAGUUAA